AGCCUUGAUGAUGACAUCGGAUGUUCAGGAUCGUAUCUAUAAAAGGGCAUUGCUUCCGCUUACAGGGUACAUCUAUAUCUUUGUCUCUAAAACGUUAAAUUUUACAUCGUCAUCACAUUCGAAGCUAUAUAGAAUAAAACAGUUGAAAGUGAUAAAAAAAAAGCUGUGUGUUUACAUAAGUUGGACAACCCAAUAACAACGGUAUAUUUUACUGAAAAUCAUAAGAAGUUAUUAACGAAAAAGAAAAGUUAUACAACGUUACAAAACUUAAUUUAGUACAUAAAUGAUUAGUCAAGUUAGAAUAUAAAUUUUUUGGUCGGCAGACCAAAACAAUCAAAUAUGACACGGAAUAACAGAAAACGAGGACGUAUUUUAGAGGAAGAAUCUAGCGAGUUCAUGCCACUAAGUAAAAGGAUCAAUAAUCUUCAUAUCAAUGGUUUAUCUGGACUUCAAGAAAGUACAGCCGAAAUGGAAUCUGAUUGGGGAGGCACUAAUUUUAUUCCUUCUCCAAAUUAUUCUGAACCUUCUCAAAGCUCGCCAUUACAUGACACUUGUGGUUCUAGCCAAAGUAGUUACACUGCCGAUUACAGGCCUGAUCUUGAUGCAACAGAAAAUCCAUUUUAUUAUGAAAGCAAUAAAUUAUUGUUUUCUUUGUACAUGGAACGUAUGCAAAGAUCAGAUAUGUAUUAAUAAUGGCUUAACUUUGCAUAUUUUAAAGAUUGUGGUUUACAAAGGAGAGAAAUAAUACAAAUAAAAUAAGAUACGAUUGAAUCAGGUUUAUUUGUUACUUUUCUUUAUUUUUUCUAACAAUUAAAUUAUAAGCUUACUUAGAAAGAUUUAUUAUGUUUAAUAUAUGUAAUUAUUCAUGAAUGAUAAAUGUUCUGUAACAUAAAGAAAAAAUAGACAACGAUCUUAUAUAUAUACACGAAUUCGUAAUUUAGAUAAUAUGAAUUAAUUGUUAAUAAUGUUCCAAUCCACGUUUUCAAUUUCAAAUUUCCCGCUAUUAAACGAAUAAUUGUGAAUCAACCUUAACAUUAGCUGGGACACGAGUCCGACGUGAACGCACUCUGAUGAGACAAUAAGAACGAACGACAUAACCUUUCGACCAAACGUUGAUACAACAUUGAGAGGGAAGGAGACGCACGCGCACGUUCAGUGUAACAUUUAUUUCUCAAUAUCGCAUGGCCACCCAUAUUGAGAUAGUAAAACGGUUAGUCGAUCUUUCAUCGUGUCUUUUAUCAUAAACGAUAUAUAAUUUGUGAAAAAAAAAAAAAAACGAUAGCCUUGCAACGAUUAGGAUAAAAAUCGUUAUAACGUUUUAGUAAUUCAGAAGGAAUCGACGAAGCCACACGAGUAGAACGCGCGUAGCUAUUUCUUUUCUCUCUUUUCACACUUUCGCACGAUAUAUAGAUAUAUAUGUGUGUGUGUGUGUGUGUGUGUGCUUGUAUGUGAGGGCGCGCGUAACCCACCGCCAUAGUUAAUCAUAUCCCUUGAUGGAAUGUUAAACGAAGGCGCGCGCGCGCGCGCGCGACACAUGUUUUACCGCCUAUCGGACCAAUAAUUGUUCGAAACAGAAUAAAAACACGUAUAAAGUAGGAAAAUAGAAUAAAUUAAAAAAGAGAGAACGUGUUAGAGAAAUAAACGUCAAGAGAAAGUCGAAUGAAUUAGAAAGAAAUAGACAUAAAGCAAACAGAAACAGAGAGAGAGAGAGAGAAAGGAUGUAUUAAAAGAAAGUAAAAAAAAAAAAGAAAAAGGAUAAAAAAAUUCGUUAUAUCGAAGAAACGGAUCGACCGUCGGAACUAACCCACAAAACUGAUCUCCGAGACGCUCGAGGGGGCGCGCGCGCACAUUCGUCAUAUCUCACGCGCGUACGUUGGGAGGUCGUAACGAGUCCUGUCCUGUUCGUUUUAAUAAUUAAUUAAUGAAUUAAUUAUUUCAUUGACUAAUUAAUUAGUCAAUUGGACCCGAUUGAAAUAAUAGUGUUUAAGGUGGAGAGAAAGAAAAAAAAAAAAAAAGAAA